AUGGGUCUCAGCGGUGUUACUCAACGCUACCUCACAGCCUUCGCGGUGCUUAGCAGUGCUGGGAGUGCUUCUACGGUUACCUUGCCCGGGUAUGGCAGCUUUUUCGGUACUACUGUCGGUCAGUAUCUGACCAAACGACCUCUGCCAGCAACAGUCGAUGCCUGGUUCAACAUCGAUUACGCAACCCAGCCAGUGGGCGGCUUGCGCUUCGCGCCCGUAGGGCCACCAGCAGCUUUCUCCGGCACUAGGAAUGCUACCGCAUACGGACUUUCAUGCAUUCAGGAUGCGUCAAUGGUACCAUACCCUCAGGACGAAGCAUGUCUGAAUCUGAACGUCUUCCGUCCCCAGAAUGUCUCCGCCGACAGCAGACUCCCCGUGUUCAUCUGGAUCCACGGAGGUGGCUUCGUGUCUGGGUCUGCGAGGAGCUUCGACGGUCCCGCUUUCGUGGCCAACUCAGAAGAGCCAUUAAUCGUUGUGAACUUCAAUUACAGGAUCAAUUCUCUUGGUUUCUUGCCGUCUCCCGUCUUCGAUCGCCUGGGUCUUCUGAACCUCGGAUUGUUGGACCAGCAGUUAGCCUUUGAGUUUGUGCAACAGCAUAUCUCAGCCUUCGGUGGUGACCCCGAGCGUGUCACAAUCGGUGGUCGCUCUGCUGGUGCCCACUCCGUUGGUAUCCAUCUGUUUCAUAACUAUAACAAGACCCAGGGCGCUUCGCCUUUGUUCUCCAAGGCCAUAUUGCAAUCUGGAAGUGUCACUGCUCGUGCCUUCCCCAACGCUUCCUACCCACUGUAUCAAAGGCAAUUCGCCGAGUACCUUGACCUUACCGGCUGCGGUAGUGUUGCCAAUGGCACCGACAACGAGGUCAUUGGCUGCCUCCGCGCAGCGAACAUCACUUUGAUUCAGGAAGCGAGCAACAAGCUCUUCUCUGACUCCGAGUACAACAUUACGUGGCCCUUCCAGCCCACUCGCGGUGGCCCACUCCUUGAGGAAGCAGGCUCAACAGCUGGCAUCAAUGAGCAGUUCUUCCACGUGCCCACCAUUACGACCAACGUCCGUGAUGAGGCCAAGUACUAUAGCCCUGGCGAUAUUGAGACAGAUGGAGAGUUCCUGGACUUCUUCAAAAACUUAAUCCCGGCCCUUUCUGCGCAGGACGUCUCUGACCUCAAGGCUUUGUAUCCGGAUCCCACCAACGACACCAACGGUGACUGGUCGCCAUACGCCCACAGCCCCAACUCCACUCAGUAUGAUCGCAUCUCUGCUGCGCUUACGGACUACAUGUACGCUUGUGCAGGCCAAGAGACCGCGGUCCGGAUGUCCGAUGCCGGUGUGCCUGUCUAUAAGAUGCACUGGACAGUCAACAACACCUUUCCCGACUGGAAGGGUAUCCCUCAUACUUCUGACACCAAGUAUACGUGGGCUGAAGGUAAUGGCACUGGUGGUGUUCAGUACCCCGAGGUUGGUAAGCAGCUGCACACUUACUUCGCCAACUUCGUGGUACACGGCGACCCAAGUGCUGGAAACAGGACUGGUCUGCCGAAUUGGCCGAAGUACGUCGACGACAAUGCUGAGGGGAUACCUGGACUUCAGCUACGAUUUGAGUCUUUCGGUAAUACCAGGGUGGAGGGUGAUGCCAUCAGGAGAAAGCAGUGCGAGUGGUGGAGAGCUCCAGAGAGAGCAGCGAGGCUUGAGAAGUAG